UCUCUCUCUCUCUCUCUCUCUCUCUCUCUCUCUUAUCAAGUUAUCAGAUUCCGGAGAUAGGAUAUUUUCUUAUGUAAGAAAGAUGCUACCUCUGCAUCUCGUGUACUUCAUUACCUUGAUUUUCCACUCGAGUCUGAGAUUUGCAGGCGCCGGUAAACUUCACCAGCAAGAAGUGAGGGCAUUGAAGGAGAUAGGGGAGAAGCUGGGGAAGAAAGACUGGGACUUUGGGAGAGAUCCAUGCAGCGGAGCUGGGAACUGGAACGUGUUGGACGAUCAGACAAAAGGGUUCGAGAGCAGCGUCACUUGCGACGAUGAUUGCCCUCUUCAUCCCAAUUCCUCUUGUCACCUCAUCAGAAUAGCUUUGAAGUCGCAGAACUUGACAGGCAUUGUCCCUCCCGAGAUCUCCAAGCUCCGUCACCUUAAAGUAUUGGACCUUAGCCGUAACUAUCUGAGAGGUUCCAUACCAAAGGAAUGGGCAUCAAUGCGUUUGGAAGAUAUCUCCUUCAUGGGGAACCGGCUAUCGGGUCCAUUCCCGAAAGUCCUAACCAGCAUUACGACGCUCAGAAACUUGAGCUUAGAAGGGAAUCUAUUUUCCGGGUCAAUCCCUCCUCAGAUUGGAAAGUUGGUUCACUUGGAGAAACUUCAUCUCGCCUCAAACUCUUUCACUGGAAAAUUGCCUGCAGAGCUUGGGAAGCUCAAGAAUAUGACUGAUAUGAGGAUAAGCGACAACAAUUUCACUGGAAGGAUACCUGAUUUCAUCAGUAACUGGACGCAGAUUCAGAAACUGCAGAUGCUAGGUUGCGGCUUGGAGGGACCGAUACCUUCAAGUAUAUCUGCUCUCACUACCUUGACUGAUCUGAGGAUAAGCGACUUAAGAGGCAAAGCAUCUUCCUUCCCUCCUCUGAAGAAUUUGGAGUCUCUCAAGACAAUGAUACUGAGGAAAUGCAUGAUAAACGGGCGGAUUCCGGAAUAUAUUGGGCAUAUGAAGAAGCUCAAAACACUUGACCUGAGUUUUAAUCAUUUUACUGGUGAAGUUCCUUCAUCUUUUGACGGUCUGAAGAAAGCCGAUUUCAUUUAUUUGACAGGAAACAAUCUUACAGGGUCUGUUCCGAAUUACUUCAUCGAAAGAAACAAAAAUGUAGAUGUAUCUUACAACAACUUCACCAUUGACAGUUCAACUCCUAUCGGGGAUUGUACCCGAGUUAGUGUGAAUUUGGCAGAGAGUUAUUCCCCUGAAAAUAAAUCACGCAGACAUGGCUCCUGCUAUGUUCAGAACUUCCCUUGCACUCUUCCUAAAAGACAGCAUCAAUACCACUUGUACAUAAACUGUGGAGGAGGUGAAGUAAUGGUGGAUGGUAAGAAGUAUGAGGCUGAUCAAGAACCAAAGGGUGCUUCCAUGUUCUACACUUCCCCUGACAAGCACUGGGCAUUUAGCAGUACCGGGAAUUUCAUGGACAAUGACGAUGAUGCUGACGAUUACAUAGUCAGGAACACAUCCAAACUAUUGAUCAAUGCUUCAUCUCAAAGUUUGCAACUUUACAGGACGGGUCGUGUUUCCCCUCUCUCUUUGACUUACUAUGGACACUGUCUUGGCAAUGGAAACUACACCGUAAAGCUCCACUUUGCGGAGAUAAUCUUUACCAACGACACUUCCUUUUACAGUCUUGGCAAACGUCUGUUCGAUGUUUAUGUUCAGAACAAAUUAGUGCUAAAAGACUUCAACAUUGAAGAAGCAGCUCGUGGAACAGGCAAGCCGAUCAUAAAGGAGUUUAUGGUUAAUGUAACAGAUCAUACUUUGAAGAUCAAGUUCUACUGGGCUGGGAAAGGGACAACGGGUAUCCCAGUACGAGGCGUUUAUGGACCUCUUAUAUCCGCUAUAUCGCUUGAACCCAACUUCAAACCUCCGGUGUAUCGUGACAAGAACACUAUCCUGAUAGAAGCAGUAACGGCUGCUGCAGUUUCGCUUCUCGUGCUUAUAAUCGUGGGCAUAUUGUGGAAGAAAAAGUGUGAUAAAGACGAUAUAGAUAAAGAGCUAAGAGGUUUGGACCUUCAAACCGGAAUCUUCAGUCUAAGACAGAUGAAAGCUGCCACUGAUAACUUUGAUGCAUCAAACAAGAUCGGUGAAGGUGGAUUUGGCUGUGUUUACAAGGGUACGUUAUCGGACGGGAAAGUGAUUGCAGUUAAGCAACUUUCCUCGAAAUCCAAACAGGGAAACCGCGAAUUCGUAAACGAAAUAGGAAUGAUCUCAGCUUUGCAGCACCCGAAUCUUGUGAAGCUAUACGGAUGUUGCGUCGAAGGAAACCAGUUGCUAUUGAUCUACGAGUACAUGGAGAAUAAUUGCCUUUCCCGUGCGCUUUUUGGGAAGGACGUAAAGACUAGACUGAAACUAGAUUGGCCAACGAGGAAGAAGAUUUGCUUGGGCAUAGCCAGGGGACUCGCAUAUCUCCACGAAGAAUCGAGAUUAAAGAUCGUACACAGGGAUAUAAAGGCGAGCAAUGUAUUGCUCGAUAAGGAUCUCAAUGCUAAAAUCUCCGACUUUGGUCUGGCAAAGCUAAACGAUGACGGUAACACGCACAUCAGCACCCGGAUCGCGGGAACUAUAGGUUAUAUGGCACCCGAAUACGCUAUGCGUGGCUAUCUGACCGAAAAGGCGGAUGUAUACAGCUUUGGAGUCGUCGCGUUGGAGAUCGUCAGCGGAAAGAGUAAUACGAAUUUCAGACCGAACGAGGAAUUUGUUUACCUUCUUGACUGGGCAUACGUUCUUCAAGAAAGAGGAUCGUUAUUGGAGCUGGUGGAUCUGAACUUAGGGUCAGAUUACUCAACAGAGGAUGCGAUGGUGAUGUUAAACGUGGCAUUGAUGUGUACAAACGCAUCUCCGACGCUAAGACCCACAAUGUCGCAGGUUGUCAGCAUGCUCGAAGGCAAAACUGCUGUCCAAGAAAUUCUGUCGGAUCCAAGUUUCUCGACGGUCAACCCUAAACUCAAGGCCAUAAGAAGCCAUUUCUGGCAAAACCAGAGCCAGAGCUUCACUGCAUGCACCGCCUCCAUUAACUCGUUUGUCAAGGAAGAAGAAGAGCGUGAAGGGCUUUUAUGUUGAGUCUGGUUAUACAGGGAGUGUUGUAUGAUAUCAAUCUCUCUGUAGAUUCGUUUCAUAUAGAUAUAGAUAUAAACAUAUGUAGUGCCCAAGAUAUGGAUGGCUCCAGAUAAGUUUGGUAAUGUAGAAAAAGGAAAGGUUGGUUCUUUUUACA